AUGGACAAGCUCCAGCAGGCUUCCAACGAAACAAUGACGCGCGACGAGCUCGUGAGCUCAGCAUCAACACAAAAGCAGCGCAAUGCUUUCUCCGAGCUGAUGGCACCGAAGCCCAAGCGAGCAAAACCCUCCCCUGCCGAACGUCCCCGAGCACCACAUCUCGACAGGUUUCGCGACAACCUCGGCGCCUACAUUGACAACCCGGCCUCUUUUCCUGCGUCCCAGGUCAUCUACUACGAUGAUGACUUUGUCGCGGUCCAUGACCUAUACCCCAAAGCGACGGUGCACGCUCUACUCCUUCCACGAUCCCCGCAGCACAGUCUCCUCCACCCCUUUGAAGCCUUUGAGGACGCAGACUUUCUGGCUUCCGUGCGGAAGGCGGUGCGUAAACUCGAAGCCCUCGUUGCGAAAGAACUCCAGCGCAAACUCGGACACGAGAGCAAGGCCGACGCCAGGCGCGAGGCCGUGCUCAACGGCCAUGUCGAGGUCGACGGCGACGAGCUGCCGCCAGGUCGAAACUGGGCGCUCGAGGUCAGGACGGGGAUCCAUGCACAUCCGAGCAUGAACCAUCUGCACAUCCACGUCUUCAGCAGGGACAUGCAUUCCAAGUGUGUCAAGCAUCGCAAACACUACAACUCGUUCAACACGCCCUUCCUCGUCGACGUGGCAGAUUUCCCACUGGCAAAGGAUGACCCGAGACGGCACCCAGGCCACGAAGGAUACCUGAAGAAGGACUUUAUGUGCUGGCGCUGCCACAAGAGCUACAAGAACCAGUUUCAGCAGCUCAAGGCGCACCUGGAAGUAGAGUUUGAUGAGUGGAAGAGGGAAUGA